UCCAAUAGGACUACUCGUUAAAAAAGGAACAACAAGGAAACAAGGACAAUAUCAACUCAAACACUACUUCUUGCACAAUAAAGAUAAGGUAACAAGUAGCAAUUCUUGGAAACAGUAGAUUUCAGAUUCUCAAAACUCUUUCCACCUUUCCUUAAAUACUAUACAAUACCCAAUUUUUCAGUAUCUCUCUCAUUUCUUCAAAUUCUUCAAAGUUUUAAUCUUUUUUGACUCCCAUGGCUUCCACCACCACCGGCACCAACCCUCUCCCACUCAAAGAUCGAGUUGCUAUAGUAACCGGGUCAUCUCGUGGAAUGGGCAGAGUUAUAGCCACUCAUCUAGCUGAACUCGGUGCCAAACUCGUUAUCAACUACACCUCCAGCUCCGAACAAGCCGAUCUCGUAGCUACCCAGAUCAAUACUCGUUACCCUGGGGAAAGCCCCCGAGCUGUUACGGUCAAAGCGGAUGUUUCGGACCCCGCCCAGGUCAAGCUUUUGUUUGACUCGGCUGAGCAGGCGUUUGGCUCGGAGAUUCACGUCCUGGUUAACUCAGCUGGAGUGUUGGAUCCUAAGUACCCCAAAAUUGCCGACACUUCCUUGGAGGACUUUGACCGCAUUUUCAGUGUAAACACGAGAGGGGCAUUCUUGUGUGCCAAGGAAGCAGCAAAUAGGCUGAAACGUGGUGGUGGAGGGCGAAUUAUAUUGCUGUCAUCAUCAAUGGUGGCUGCUCUAAGGCCAGGAUUUGGGGCGUACGCAGCGUCAAAGGCAGCUAUAGAGGCAAUGAUAAAAAUAAUGGCAAAGGAACUCAAGGGGACUGGCAUCACUGCAAACUGUGUGGCGCCAGGGCCAAUUGCAACAGAGAUGUUCUUUGCAGGGAAGAGUGAAGAAAUGGUGCAGAGAGUGAUCGAUGAAUGUCCUCAUAAUCGGCUUGGUCAGAGCGAGGAUGUUGCUCCUGUUGUUGGGUUCCUGGCUACUGAUGCUAGUGAGUGGGUUAAUGGGCAGAUCAUUCGUGUUAAUGGCGGCUAUGUAUGAUUACUCAUCACAUCAUGCCACAUGCAUUAUGAAGAUCAAGGACCAAAUCCAUGCAGACAAGAUACGAUGAUAUCUUGUGAAGACAAAUUUAGACAAAGGAUUUUGUAAUAUUUCAGCCCUUUCCUUCUCUAAAUCAGGACUUACAUUAUAGUUAACAGCUCUUUUAAGCCUAUUUAGUCUUCUGCAAUACCUUCUGCUGCACAAUAGUGGAUUGUUUGUAAAUACUUAAAAUCAGUAAGAUGAUUGUGUCUGAGUCAUAACAGGGAA